UAGGAACUUCACUCUUACAGAGUGGAAAACAUGGCAAAAAGAUCAGAUUUUGCACAGAAGCUGUUGGAUGAUCUCCGUUUAAGGAAGGAGCGAAUGGCUGCUUCUCAUAGCUCAAAGUCUUCAAAACCAUUAGCUGGAGAUGCAUAUACUUGCACCAAGCAGACUUACAGAGGAUCUGGGAAUUUAAAAACAAAUGAAAAGACUAGUUUCAGAACUGGAAAUGUGCACAAAAUGUCCAAUGGGGGCUCUAAAUCACUCAUGAAGGAAGAAGCAUCAAUGCAGAUCGUUCCUUUUGGGACAGGCCAGAAUUCAGAACAAAUGGGAGAUCUAUCAAAGGCACUGGCAUUUGCGCUUGAAAAUGGAGGAAGGCUUAAAAGAAUGGAUUCAUCAGGCAAUAGUUCAAUACUGACGUUCCUGAAUCAAAUUGGCAGAAGAUCAGUGAACUUUGGCAAGAUGGAAAAAAAGAGCAGUGACCAUAGAAACUUGUCAUCAGCCGGUCAUUUCCCCAUCCUCUCUCAUCUGCAAAUUAAAGAAAUAUCAAAAGGGGCACAAAAACUAAACCAGAUCCUCAGAGCUUGUUCUAAUGGCGUUAACUUUGACAAAUAUUCCAUAGAAAUUGGGAAGGAACUUUUUAAAGGGGCCAUAGAUCUGGAGGAGUCCCUGCGGAUGCUUGUAAACCUACAAGAAGCUUCAGAGUACAUGAUCACUCCACAGAGGAAAAGUCGGAUCACAUUGUUAGAUGAAGAUGAAGAUGAAGAUGAUGAUGACAUGACAGUUAAAAUAGCUGAGCAAAAGCAACUGGACCGACCAAGAUUCUCUUUUGAUGAGCCCUCGAGAAACACUCAUGGCAUCCAGGAAGUUCGAAGGAGUGACCUCAAGCAGGGGCUAAUGGCUUUAUCCUACCUGUCAGAAGUUGCCAAAAACAACUCUCAAAAGCAGGUUCCAAGCACCCCAAAUUCCAUUUCGCACAAACGAUCAGUUAGCUAUAGCCCUGACGUAAAAGCUCUUGCUGCAUUCUCAGACGAGAAGAAUUACUCAAGUUCAUCCAAAUCGAAAACAGAAAAUGGAAGAAUUCCAAAUGUUAUUGCAAAACUAAUGGGCCUAGAUGAGCUUCCAGAAAAAGGUGAAGCAGCAUAUGCCAAGCAGAAAGAUGCCGGCCCCAAGCAGAGAAUGGAAGGAAAAAUUUCAAAGGGGAUUUCCCAGGCUACAAACCAGCGAGAGAGAAAAGAUGCUGAGUAUCUGGCACACCCAUUAACGAGACAAAAGCAGAAAAAAAUGAUACAGUUUCAGGACUCCACAUUUGUGCAACAAACAGAGAAGAACUUGGCAAUUCACCGAGAUAUCUUUGAGGUGUUUAUCAACGACGCAACACCACCAUCGAAGAAUGUGGAAAGUUUAAAAGCAGAGACGGGCUUCCAUAAGACAGAUAUCAGAAGAGAUAAUGAACAAAGCAAAAACAGCCAGCUCGACAAUAUCACCAGGAGGCGAAAGGAAAUUCAGGAAAACGAGAACAAGAAUAAUAAAAAGCCCAAGGAGCAAAAAGCUGCCGAAAAGAAUGGAAAUACCGAACCAAUCUUAAAACAUGAUCUGCAAAGGAUGGGUCCUCAGGCCCAUAAAGGAUCGGAAGCUGCAGUUCUUUCACAAAGAAAAACAGGAUUUAAGAAAAACACGCAUUUGACAGAGAAAAUACGUGCAGGAACAUUGCUUUCCAGCAGUCAACAAAACUCUUCUGUUGCUCAGGUGACACAACAGCAAGACCUCCUCCGAAAAUUUGAGCCUCAAGAAGAAAAGCAUCAAGAAGGAGAAUGGGAGAAGCAUAGCACCAGAAAACAAAAGGAAACCGAUGUAAUGUCCAAAAAGAAUAUUCAACCCAUGCACAACGCAAUGAAUUUGCAAAAGCAGCAUCUACAUACAAAUCAGGCCACACAUAGGAGGAAAGGUUCCAUGGAAGCCUUUGAGACAACGCAGACUGAAAGAUCGCAAAUUGGUAGACCCCAUGAAGAUCUAGCUGGAGACAGAAGUGCAGGUAAUUUCAACGUACAAAGGAAAGACCCAGAGAACAGAAACUCGAAUCCAGAUGCUUCUACAAGAUUCCUAAACUUCAAAUUAGAAAAUCAAAAGACCAGAAUCCCACAAGCUAUGGAAGAAAAAUCACUUCAUGUUUCAGUCAGAAAGAAUGCAAAAAGUACAAAAGCACAUAAAGGAGAUUCCCUUAGAAAGGCUGAUGAAGUGAUAACAAGAAGAAAUGUAAGUUCAAACAACUCGGCAAAGCUGCCAAAACAUCAAACUACCAUUUUGCUGGAAGUAAAGCAGAGAAAGCAUGACAAGCUUAUUGGGACCAAGGAAGCAGCACGGGUGAGCAGCAAGUCGGAAGAAGUAGGAGCAUCCAUUGUGAAGUCGAAUAACUCAGUAGCAAGCAUCCAACCAUCCAAUGUGGAGCAGAAACCACAUAUUCAAGACAAAGAGGCUACCAAUUUUCAUGGCUCCACGGAAGAUGAAUGGCCUAGCCUAAAAGAACCACAAAUACGAGCUCCACAUGGAAGUGAUCAAAGCAAAAUCUCAAUGGGUAAAAAUGGUCACCAGGAUCAAGAAUUUGCUUUCGGCAGUGAUGAACAACUUAAGUCUCACAAAAUUGCUUCAGAUGCAGUCAAUGGAACUCAUGAAGUGCGGACAAAUAUGUCUCGCCCCUCACAGCAGGAGCACCAGAAAUAUUCUAAAUCAGUAAAACCAGAGCCGCUAACAGAAAAUGAAACUUUCCUUAAGCAGACAUUGAUUAGAAGUAAAUUAUUUCUUGAUACAGCAGAAGCGCUUUUCAGAUUAAACAUUCCUUUAAGCAUUCUUCAUGAUGGUGGUUUUGGCAACCAUGACAAAGAAAUCAAGCUCAUCAUAGACUGCGGCUACGAAGUAAUGAGAAGAAAGGGAAGAAGUCAAGAGCUGUACGUUAGUCCAUUCAUGACAGUGUCCAUCACUUCUGUGAACGUACGAAAUCUGGAUGAAUUGGUCAAGGAAUUGCAAGCAGACUUGGAGAAAUUGAAAUAUUACAGUAAGAUUGGGAAUGAAGAAUGUGUCGUUGAAGACUACCUACCAAAAGUGCUUGAGAUUGAUGUCUACAACAGAAAUCCAGACAUAAAUUGCAUGUGGGAUGCUGGGUGGAAUGAUGCGAUGUUUGCGAUUCUUGAAAAAGAUGAUAUUAUGAGGGAUGUUGAGAAGUAUGUGCUUAAUGGACUCCUGGAUGAGAUGACAAGAGAUCUAUUACCAGUAUAAGUGUUGAGACUCGCUUGGGGAAGAAUACUGAUAACGAUGUUUCCAUACUACUUGUUUCAUAUUAUGCUCGAAUUUUCUGAGAAAAUUUAUUGUGUGCUUAUGGAUUUUGAUCCACUUCAAUAGAUUGAAAUUCACAAGUAUAUGUCAAGCGUAAAACAACCUUUCAUCUACUUUUUUUAUAUAUCCCCCAUAUCAUGUAAAUGGUAGAGACUUCUCCCAGAAAAAUGAUUACAUGAAAGUCAGUCCAUAGUUCAGAUACUCCAUUGAAAGACCUCUGCUAAAACCAGUUUAUCCCAAAAUACGAUCAUUCGAUUAUGUUAUUACUCUAGCCACAUCAUGACAACAAAAAGAAUCGUCACUACAAGAACUUCAUGCCAUAAGGCCCGUAACACUAAUAUUUUGUUCAUUCCAAAUGAUUUACACCGCCAUUACAAAUCAAUUGGAUGAGAUCAUCAACUCUCGUAAAAACAGUGAAGUAUAGGCGAACCCUAUAACAUAUGUAAAAGGAAAACAACAUUCGAACUGUAUAGAGAAACAAGGU